AUGGGCGAGCGCGCAGGAAAACACAUCACCUUUGAAGAGAGCUGUAGCUCUGGCGGGAGCUCUGAUGACGAUGGCAACGCCGUCGAGGUCGUCUUUGACCCGGGAAACCCCUAUCGUCGAAAGAGCUCCAUGGUCGCCUCUGAGAUGAGGCAGCCCAUGAUUCGCCGUCCGACCCGCCGCGACGAAUGUCUCGUUCACCAGUUCCUCGACAGCCAGCGCCGAGCAAAGGAUGCAGCCAGCUCUGCCAGCGAACCCGACUCGGAAUAUUCGACGGGGCAGGCCUCGACUGGGUACAUGGGCACCAUACCGGACAUCAGCCUCACCACAAGUCACACCACCGAUGAUGGCGAUCAGGUUGAUCCCAGGGACCAGAGUCUCGAUGUCUUGGUCGACCCCAAGUCCAACAAGAAGUGCCGAGCCGUUGUCGAACCCGAUAGCAUGGAUCAUCUCGGCGGUGGACAAGCUGACCAGCAGGCCUGGACGCAGCAGAUGACAAAGAGCCUCUCCAACCUGGACCUCACGGAUUACGACGACGUGCGCAGCCGGCUGCUCACCAAGCAGCAGCUCAGCGACAUGGCCUGGGGCGUGCGGGAGCUGAGCCGUCGCCUAAGCAGCAUGCGCAUUCGGUUCCGUGUCAAGUCCAUCUUCCUCCUCACAAAGAUCUACGACCAGGAUCUGAUCCCCAAGACGCGCGAGCUGACGCACUGGCUGCUUCACCACGAUCGGGAAACCGCGUACACCGUCUACGUCCAGGACAAGCUCAAGACAAACAAGAGAUUUGACGUCAAGGGGCUCAUCGAUGAUUUGAGCAAGGGAUACGCCGGGCUGGGAGAGAUGGACGAGGAGGCGGCGCGCGAGAUGCUCCACAAGCGUCUGCGGUACUGGGACGAGCACAUGUGUCGGACACGACCGCACACGUUUGACUUUGUCAUUUCGCUCGGCGGCGACGGUACGGUGCUCUAUGCUAGCUGGCUGUUCCAGCGCAUUGUGCCCCCCGUGCUGAGCUUUGCGCUGGGGAGUUUGGGCUUUUUGACCAAGUUUGAUUUCGAAGACUACCAGCGGACACUCACAUCAGCGUUUAGUAAGGGCGUCACAGUGAGCCUACGGCUGCGAUUCGAGGGCACCGUCAUGAGGAGCCAGCCACGGAAACGGCCAGAGCUUCAAGACGGGGCCGAAGAGGAAGAUGGGGAAGAGCUGCACCGACAGCGCGACCUCGUGGAAGAACUAAUCGGAGAGGAGAGAGAAGACGAGCACACGCAUCGACCGGAUGGGACGUUUGAGAUUCUGAACGAGGUGGUGGUGGACCGAGGGCCCAAUCCAAGUGAGAAUCCCAUAACCCGCACCGCCCCUGCAGGAGAUGUUGUAUCAUUGACGUAUAUUCUAGCCAUGUCGUACACCGAGAUCUUUGGCGACGACGAGCACUUCACCUCGGUGCUCGCCGACGGCAUCUGCGUGUCGACGCCUACGGGCUCGACAGCGUAUAACCUGGCGGCCGGCGGCUCGCUCUGCCACCCGGAGAACCCCGUGAUGCUAGUCACGUCCAUCUGCGCGCACACGUUGUCUUUCCGACCCAUCAUCCUCCCUGACACGAUCGUUCUGCGCAUCGGAGUGCCGUACAAUGCGCGGACGGCGUCAUGGGCCAGCUUUGACGGCCGCGAGCGUAUCGAGCUUAAGCCGGGCGACUACGUCACCAUCAGUGCAAGUCGGUAUCCGUUCGCUUCGGUGCAGUCUGAGGGACGGCGGAGCGAGGAUUGGGUGAAUAGCAUCAGUGGGAAGCUCGGUUGGAACACGAGACAGAAGCAGAAGAGCUUCAAGGAAUGGGACAAAUGA